CAGAGGGCCACUGGGUUAUUGCACAAGACAGUGUCAGCAACGCCAUAGGACACUUUUAUGUCAGGGGGCUAGACAAUAUUAAUUUUACUUUCACCUUAUAUUCCGGGGAAGAAGCGGUGUAGAGAGCAGAUUCCUCAGAGAACACCACAGAAACUCAAGCACCCAAAAAGAGCUUAAGUUCAGGGGGAGCAGGAGUGUUAAGUCCUUCAGAGUGAGUGAAAGACGAGGGGAAAGAGUCGGCAUGGCCCAGAAAAAUAACUUUGAGUUCUCCAUCAGGGAAUAUAGACCCUCAGAUCAACAUAUGGUCAUGUCACUCUUUCGCGAUGGGAUACUUGAACAUGUAUACCCAGCUUUCUUUAAGGCCAUGAGCCAUCCAGACCAUGUUGGCAUUGCUCUGAGCAUUUCCAUGGCUGGUUAUGUGCUGGGAGGCAGCUCCUACUUCCAAGCUUUACUCUUUGGGAGUGCAUGGGCUGGCCUCAUUUAUUACUGCUGCCACGAGAUCUAUGAAGGCUACAUGACGAGGCGUCUGAGCACAGACAUGGCUGACAUUCAAUCCAACUACCUGGAAAACCCAGAUAAUGGUUUCUGGGUGGCAGAGGCAGACGUCAACAGCCAGUCCAAGGUGGUGGGGAUGGUAGCAGUGACGGGGAAAAGGGGAGGGGAGGAAGGUGAGAGGUUUGAUGACUGCAAUGGAGGAGUGCUGGGAGAAGGCUCAGAGUUUGCCCAAGACGCUGUGGAUGGGAGUUACGGCGAGAUGUCCCUCAUGGUUGUGGUGUUUCCAUGGCGGCGCAAAAACCUGGGUUCACAGUUGACAAGGAAGGCCCUUGAUUUCUGCAAACAGCAAGGCUACAGCCGCCUCGCUCUGGAAGUCAGCUCACCACAGACGGCAGCUAUAUCCCUGAGUCAAAAGUUUGGUUUUGUUCAAACUGCGUCCCAUAGUAACACACACACUAAUCGCUGGUUCUCCAAACUGGCCAGAAUGAAUGUGAUGCGAAUGGAGAAGUUAAUUUAAUGUAACCUGAUACAACCUUAACUGUACAGCACAUUAGGAAUAUAUCAUUUAAUUUAUGCUUCUUGUCUGAUUCA